GCGCAGCAGUUAUUCCGAUUGAAUUCAAAACAAAUCAUCGGUGACAGUACUCGUUGGCGUACAAUUCUCAUUGUUUAAUGAGAAGUACAAGUGUGUGCAAUUGUGAAAGUUUUAAGUGAAAAAAUAAAUAUUGUCAGCGAGAAUAUAAAUAUUUAUUUUACUUGAAAUAUAGUGUAUUUCACUUGAUAGGUUAAAAUAAAAGUGGAACAAUGUCUCUGCUACCAAUGCUAUUCUCCAGCUGGUGGGAGGAUUUGGAAAGACCUCAUCGCCUUUUCGACCAACAUUUUGGACUUUCACUGAAUUCUGAUGAUCUGCCAACAUCAUUGGUUCCCCAUGAUUCUGAUAUUUUGGUAGUAAGACCUCGUCGCCGUAGUUUUCAAAGAUUCCAGCCUUAUGAAAGAGCUGUGAAUCGUAAAAACAGUGGAAUAUCUACUGUACAAGCUGAUAAAAAUAAAUUUCAAGUUACACUGGAUAUUCAACAAUUUGCACCAGAAGAAGUGACAGUGAAAGUUGUGGGAAACAAUGUAGUGGUCGAGGGUAAACAUGAAGAAAGACAGGAUGAGCAUGGAUUCAUCUCCAGGCAAUUUGUACGAAAGUACAUUGUGCCAGAACAGUGCGAUAUCGAUCAAUUAAAGUCAAGUUUGUCUUCUGAUGGAGUUUUAAUGAUCACUGCACCAAGGAAGGAAACUCCACAGGCAAAAAAUGAAAGAAUCAUUAAGAUUCAAACUACAGGACAACCAGCUUUGAGAGAUGAUUCAAAAUCAGAAAAGCAAAAUGAAAUUCAGAAAAACACCGUAUCACAGAGGGGUCAAGAACAAACAGUAAAAGCUGCUUAAGAAGACAGUUUAAUGCAAAACUGAUUGCAUUCUAACAUAUACUCAUUUUUCUGACAGUAUUUUGUGACUUUAUUUUUUUUACGUAAGCUUAAAGCAUCUUUGUUUGUUUUAUAUUAGAUGAUAAAGUUUUGUCACAUUCUUUACUUAGACAUAAUCAUAAUUAGAAUCUAUGUUUAGAUUAGUGCUAAGUCAGUUUUAAAAAUAUAUAUAUUACCAAAAGAUAUAUGUAUUCAUUUAUGUUUGUAAAUUAAAUUCUUUGUUCUCAUCUAUUAUUUAAGAUUCAUCUGUCAUAAAGUGUUCUUUAAUAAAAAUAUUGUUUUUAUAUAA